AUGUCCACCCAGACCCAAACCCAAUCCCAGUCCCAAUCCCUCACCUCCCUCAGCGCAUCCGUCUCCUCCCUCCGAAGCUCCCUCUCCCUCCUCGACUCCUCCAUCGCCAUCCUCGACGCCGGCAUCGCAGACUUCCCCCGCCUCAAGAAGAUCCUAUCCAGUACACGCCACUUCGAGCUCACCCCCUCGAGCACCCUCACCGCCGCCCAAUCCUCGCUCGCCUCGGAGCUGGCGCCAGCCAUCGCGACGCUGCUCGCGCGCGCAGACGGCUACGUUGCGAAGCUGGCUCGGAAGAAGGACUCGGUGGUCGCUCGGUCGGAGCUUUUGGAGGGGCGGCUGGAGGGCGCGCGGGGGUUUGGUAGUGGUAGCGGUGGUGGUGCUGGUGCUGGGAAGGGCCUAGGAGGAAACGCUGGGAAAGGGGCAUCUGGAGGGAGGGAAUUUGGUGCUGGUGGUAGGGGGUUGGCAGGAGCAGGACGGCAGGAGGCAAAGGCGAGGGAGGCGAGGUUGAAGGCGCUGAAGGCUAAGAAGGAACGGCUUGGGUAUGCGGUUGAGCGGUUGCAGUUGCAGAGUCAGCAGCGGCAGAGGCAGUUGAGGAUGAGUGUUGGCGCGGGCUUGCAGGAGAGAUGA